GAUCUUAAAAUGGGUGUGGUGUCAUCUCCAUAAUUGUGCUUCUAUGAUGGGAAAAAGGCAUUUGAAGGAAGUCUUUCAGAGGCUGAAAGCAGACACAGCAGCUCCUGGAGAAAUGGCGAAGUCAGUGGAUUUCUCCGUUUUCAGCGUCCUGGUGACAGGAUCUAAUCAGGGGAUCGGUCUGGGUCUGGUGAAGAGAUUUCUGGAGCUGCCCUGUCCUCCCAAAUGGGUCUUUGCUACAACCCUUGACCUGGAGGGAGAAGAAACCAAGGAGCUAAGAGAGCUGGCUUGCAAAUGUCCGAAUCUAGUGGUCUUGCAAUUAGAUGUUACUAAACUUGAAAGCAUCCAGGCCGCUGUGAAAGAAGUGCAGAAGUGUGUUGGAGAAGGUGGGCUGACCAUCCUGUACAACAAUGCUGGCAUUUGGGACACAAAUGAUCUGCAAACAGAAAAUGCCAAAGAUAUGAUGAGAGUUUAUUCUGUCAAUACCAUUGGUCCACUACAAAUGAGUCAGGCCUUCCUACCCCUGCUGAAGAAGGCAGCCCGGAGAAGCCCAUGUCAAGGGCUGAGUAGCAGCAAGGCGGCUGUUAUCAACAUGUCCAGCAUUGCAGGCUCAAUUGAACUUAUGGCUCACUGGGACCAAUCUCAAGUCAUUGGAUACCGCUGUGCUAAGGCUGCUCUAAAUAUGCUUACCAAGUGCCAGUCUCUUGAGUAUCCGGCUGACGGCAUUAUGACUGUCGCCAUCCAUCCUGGAAUAAUCAACACUGCUCGCAACCCAUUUGGGUUUGGCUGGUAUGUUGAAUGACACCAAUUGCGUUGAUUGACCCAAAGAUCUGAUGCUCCAAGAGACUGAUCUGAUGCUCCAAGCUGAAACAGCAUGUUGUCUUAACAAUGUGAUGGUUUUUCAGAUGUCACUAAUCAAAGCAGUUUACUUUCUUACAUGAAAUUAAAAUACUGAAAAUUAAGUUCA